UACCGCGCGGUCCUCAGCUCCGUAUGCAUCAUGGCCGUCCUCUUCUGGGUCCUUCACCUCCUCUUCUUCUCCCUCCUUACAGACCUCACCACUGGCAACCCAUUAUCAACCUCUCCUUCCCCAUCACAACCUGGAGAAGAAGAAGACUCCUUCUCCUCAGUAGCCGACCUGGCCCUCCAAAAGAUCCUCGGUGACGGCCGCCAAAUCUUCGGCACCUUCCCUUCCUCCUUCAACAAGUCAGCAGCCUCCAAGCGUCGCGCACAAUGGAUGACCCCUCUCCCGGACUCCCUGCCGCUCACCCGCCUCCGAGCCAUUCCGGGAACCCACGACAGCGCAACCUGGAACUUUACUACUGAGACGAGGAACUCGAUCCCUUCUAAUCCGAGUUACUUGCCGGCUGAAUGGUUUAGGUGUCAGAAGAAGAGUAUUUUGGAAUCGUUGGAGGCGGGGGUGAGGUUCUUUGAUUUGCGCACCCAACCCGCUCACACGCCUCUAACACCCCACAAGUCCAACGCCUCCUUCAUUCCCUCCUUACAACCCCGGCCGCCCGCCGCUUCAUCUACCCGUCACACUCCCUCCCGCCCACUUUGGGAGACGCCCGUGGCAAGAUCGUCCUCCUCAAACGCUUCGACCUGCCCGACUUGCCUCUCGAUCAACAGCUGGCUGUACCGGGACUCAACUUUUCUCCUAGCCUAUGGCCGGAGAACAAUAGAGGGUUUGAGUUGGUUUAUAACCAACUUAACGUGGGUGACGGAGAUCAGAGCAAGGGAGUAGAAGAGGAGAAAAGGAGAAAUGAGACGGCGUAUAUAGAGGACUACUUUGAACCUAACGACCUGCCGAGUGGGAUGAAUGGAAGUGUGACGGAGAAUGUGAUGGCCAAGUGGGAGGCUGUGGAGGGCCAUUUACGGGCUGCGGCGGCUGCUGGUGCUGCUGCGAGCGGUCCCGGGGCAGGACUGGGUGCACGCGGGGAGGAUGAUGAGGAUGAUGGGUUGUGGAUCACGUUCACCUCGGGGGAACAUGUAUUGAAUGAACCGAACAUUACGCCGGAGGUUAUGGCGCUUGGUCCGGAAGAACAACGGCAAGGUGUCCCCAAGGUGACUGGCGGUGGAACGGUGAAAGGAGGAGUUAACGAAAAGUUGUUGGCGUUGUUGAAGGAUGAUGGGCCGGACGGGUUAAAGGGGAAGAGGUUGGGAGUUGUGGUGAUGGAUUUCUGGG